CUGUAGCUUAAAGCAGAGACAGGCAGGUGUUGUGUCUUUUCUGCCGUUUCCUAUUUAACUCCUUUGUCCCGCCUGCUUCCCGUCUGCCUCCUCCUGAUCCUUCCAUCUGCUGUUGGCCAAAGCUUGACUCACAACUCCAACACCGGACGAGACUCUCCUUCAGACCAAAGUGGCAAGGACAACAUCCGUCACUUACUCUUCCCAGUGGUCUAUCUCUUCUGCAUUUUCCAGCGUAUUCUGCGUUGCCUCUCGACUCCAAAAUUCAGACUCACGACAAUUACACGACCGCGUCCUUUCACGGUCUGGAGACAAAACUCGCAUAAACAGACGAUAGUUACCCAAUUAAAAAAAACCAAUCACAAUGCUUGCUUCCAGUGGCCGAGGUGGCGCCGGUAACAUGACCGAGAACUCGCCCAAAAUCACCCCAGAGGACCUCGAAACGCCAACCCUCAAGACCUCAGUCGUCACGACAGGGAGGGGAGGAUCUGGAAACAUGGCCAAGAACUCCGAUCCUUAUGAGACUCGUCUUCGUCAAGACGUUGAGGCUGUUCCCCGCCGCGACAGUGGCGGCGCAACCCACUAUGGCAGAGGGGGAGCCAAUGUCUUCAAGGAUUCCCCAGAGGAAGAGGCGGCCGCUCGCAAGGCCGGGGCCGAGGGUGCGGGCACCGUCGACGACGACGAGCAGCCUGCGCUCCGCAAGAGCCCGUCUCCCGGGGACAAGGGCAACAAUGGCCUGGCUGCCAAGGGCAAGCAGUGGCUCAACAACCUUACCAAGAAGGCUUGAGGGUCCUCUUGUGUUUGCCUGAACCCCCGGAAACAAAUUCAUGCCGAUAUUAUGCACGCUCCUGGACCCAGCACCCGACUUGCUACGAGGCCGGUUCUUCAAAGUGCUAAGAGGCGGCCCUUGGGAGCUGUGCGGAUUGUGCUCUUUUUCUUCUUUAUUCUCCCGAGACGGUAUGGGCUCGGGAACCGGGUAACCGAACGUCACCGAGGCUUCGG